AUGGAGCAACGCGCAUUUAGCGCGUUGAGCGCGGGCGGGAGCGACGGCGCGUCGAGCGUGCGAUCGAGCGAUGCGUUCAGUGAUUUAGCGUCCGAGGAUGGGUUUCCGUCUACGAGCUCGGACGCGGGGCGUCGGCGUUUAUUUCUGCAGAAUAAAGGCAGGGGAUCGCGAUUCGCCGCGCGUGUGCGAGAAGAGUCGCUGCGACAAGAGGCGAGCGGACGGGUCUCACCGCUCACGGCGACGGCGCCGACGAUGCGCGGGACUUCGUCGACGACGCGUAAUCCUGUAUCUUCGUCGUCGUUUGACAUCGCCGAGAACGCGCGGUUGGCGCUGGAGGCGAAGGACGCGCAGUUAAAUAAGAUGGCGGCUCGAUUAGCCGAGCUCGAGCGACAGCGAGACGCCGAGAUGAAAGAUCGCGUGCGAACAGAGGUGGACGCGUUCUCGGGCGCGGCGAACGAUUUAGAAGCGGAGAUGGCGAACGCGAUGAAAAAUCUACGCUCACAAGGUUCGGGGUCUGGGAACGGAUCGGUGGAGAAAUUCGCCCUCAGCGGGUUCGCGUCCAGAGACAACGACGGGAAGGAUGGCAAUCGAAGCGCGAGAAUUGGCGAGGAACCGAUUAGCGAGGCUUUGCAUUCGCGCGCGAAGACACCGGAUCGAGAACCGACGACGACGGCAGCUCCACGCGACGAACGAGCGGAGGACGCGCGUUCUGUCGGAUUUGAUGUGCGCACGCCCGAACCCGGGACGAGAGUCGAGGGCGGUGUGCUCACUUCGAGCGGACGCAUCGUCGCCAGUGCGUUGAAGACGACGUCGUCCGUCGGCACUCACAGAGGGAAGGAAUCGAUAUCUCCGGCUUCGAUGACACAGAAGAAUGUGGUGUUCAAUCGAGAGGAGGCGUACUCAGACGCGGGCGUCAUGCUCGAUCCGCAAGAGAUAGAUGCUUUACGAGCAGAGCUUCGCGAGGUGAGACAAGCUCUGAAAAGUGCGUUUGGUGUGAGCGAAAAGCUCGUCGCGCAGUGCGAGAAGAAGAAUCGCGAGCUUAAGGAGAAAAAUCUCGCGAUUAAGCUCGCGCGAGAGGAAGUCGAGCGCGCUCGUGAGGAGGUGCGAAUCGCCAAGGAGACGACGAAGCCUUCGUCGUGGAUUGACGACAUAUUGAACGACGUCGAGGGCGACGCGCGAUUACGCGUCGCUUUGGAGACUUUGAACAAGUGCAAAGACCUCAACGCAAAGUUGUUGCAAGUGAUGAAAACCUCCAUCGGGGUCAACGCGGAGACUAGUCCUGGGGUCGUCUUCAACAUCUUACCCGCAGUGACGUCGCUCGCUACUCGUGGUGAUGUUGCAGAUGCCAUGGUCCAAGCUGGAGCUCUGAUUGCGAUCGCAAAUUCCUUAGACUUGUUCGCAAAAGACGUCGCAGUGUGCAGACGCGCUAUGCAAGCCGUGGGCUCAAUCUGUCGCGCUGGUGGUUCCGACGCUUCGACGCAAGACGAUGAGAUCGUCGAGUUACGAGUGAAUCUCACGAAUGCCGCGAUCGAGCAAGCGGCGUCGUCAGUGUUAAAAGCGGUGGAGACGCACUUGAAGGACGCUCCUCUGUGCGAAUUAGCGUGCGACGUCGUUCGCGCGUUCGUCGAGUACGGCGAUCUCGAGUUCAUCAAGACGCUCGUGAACGACAUGCGCGUAGUUCAAAGGAUGUGCGAGGUGUCGCAGUCCCACCCGAACGACGAACGCGCGCAAAGGGCGUCAUCGCUCGCCAUCGCGGCUCUGGCGACGACGAACGAGCAGACGAAGGAAAUCGUCGAACGAUCCGGCGGAUUCGCCCUCGUCCGAAGGUGCGCGGCCGAGCUCGGAAUCGACGACGCGUUACGAGUGUAUCCGGCGAUGCGUCGGUGGUUAUCGGGUAAGAAAACGAAGGAGGAGCUCGAGAGAGACGAGGCGAGCACGCGCGAGCGUUUCGACGACGACGUCGACGACGACUUCGUAGACAACCUAUAG